CUCGUUCAGCUCCUGCCUCUUCGGAAAAAGGGACGAAACAGCAGCAGCACAACCACUACCAACCACACAAAAAAAGGCAAAGUCAACAACACAAGAAACCGCCACCACAACCAUGGUCGACCGCCCUAACAAGCCGUCGGCUCUGGCCAGCACGCCCGGGCUCGCCCCGCAGGCCCAGGUCACCAUCUCGGACGACAAGCAGCGCGUGUCGGCCGUGCUGCCCACGGGCGAGAGCGUCGAGGUCCUCCUCUACGGCGCCACCGUGCUCAGCUGGAAGAGGAAUGGCCAGGAGAAGCUAUGGCUGAGCGAGGCCGCCAGCCUUGACGGCACCAAGGCCGUCCGCGGCGGCAUUCCUCUCGUCUUCCCGGUCUUUGGCACCGCCCCCGACCACGCCGAGACGUCCAAGCUCCCGCAGCAUGGCUUCGCCCGCACGUCGCACUGGGAGUUCCUAGGCAAGUCAACGUCGGAAUCGCAGCGCGCCGGCGGCGGCGGCGCCUCGUCGUCGUUGGGCGCGGCUACGGGCGACCACUCGGUCAAGCUCGACUUUGGCCUCACGAGCUCCAACCUGGCCGCGGCCACGCGCGCGCUCUGGCCCCACCCCUUCAACCUGCUCUACAGCGUCACGCUCGAGCGCGACUCGCUCACCACCAGCCUCACCGCCACCAACGCCGGGGACAAGCCUAUCGAGAUCCAGGUGCUGCUGCACACUUACCUGCGGAUCAAUGACAUCAAGAGCGUCUCCAUCUCGGGCCUGGACGGCGCCGAGUUCGUCGACAAGGUGGCGGCCAACGCGGUCAGCAAGCAGGCCGAGGGCGGGCUCUCCAUCACGGGCGAGACGGACCGCAUCUACACGCCGGCGGGCGGGCCCCGGGCGCCCGUGGCCGUGUCCGAGGGCGGGCGCAAGGUGUUCGAGGUGGUGCGCGACAACCUGGACGACGUGGUGGUGUGGAACCCCUGGGACGCAAAGGCCGAGUCCAUCGGCGACUUUGCGCCCAAGGACGGCUACCACAAGAUGCUGUGUGUCGAGGCCGGCGCCGUCAGGGGCUGGCAGACCCUCGAGCCCGGCGAUGCGCUCGAGGGCGCCCAGACCAUCACGGCCUGGUGACGGGGCUGUGGCGGCGGCGGCGGCGGCGGCGGACAGGUUGGGUGUAGGGGUUCUGAGCCGAGGCUGUGAGGGAGCGAGAGGGGAGGGGAGGAAUGGGAGGGUGCUGGGGAACACGAAGGACUAGACGGGACUUAAGGGGACCUUCCUGGUCCUGUUUGAUGAUCUAGGGUGACUGCCCACCUCGCCCAGCCUGGGGUUUAUUAACGGCCUCAAAGUCGAGUGACGUACUUUUAGAUGAUGCAGAAAGGAACAUGACCCAAGCAAAUCCAGCCCUGGAUCUUCUGGGAAACGUUUGAACGAGUGGAGGGGAAGAAGGUGGAGAGUGGAAUUUAGCAUGUCAAUCACGUCCCAAAAUCUUGUAGUGGCAUGUUGUUGGUAUGAAAUUGCACCUGGUA